UUUAUCAUGCCUAUUUGCUAAACAGCAAGGGUUCCUCAGAUGUGUCAUUUUAAUGUCCCAUUCAAAAGGGCCAGAGAGAAGGGACGCAGACUUGGUGGAGCCAGCCCACACGGAUUUACCGGAUACUCAAGCACAUUAAUGAUUUCCUAAAUUAGAGCCAAUUGUUCGGCAUUGUCCGCCCGUUAUCUUCGCUUUGAAGUGUCUUCACACAUGGAAAUUGGCGACAAGGCAAGGCCACAUAAAUGAAGGUGGCGGCAUCGCGGCAGCCAGACGGACCUGGGAUCGGGCAGGGAGAUGGUGAAAGGAAUUUUUUCGAUAGACUGGCUCGCCCAAAGCAGUCGCGACGGGCGCAUUGAGAAGAAACCAGAAGUGGGCGAUUGCAAUCCCAAUGCUCCCCUUUCCCUGAGCUCUCACGCUGAAAACGCAACAAACACCUGCCAACCGGCACCACCAUCUACUACUGGAGACUCCACGCCCGAAAUAAAAAGAUUACAACUGCCUGGAUCGUGUGAUCGCGACCCAGAGCAAGCAGUGGACACAGCAGCCAGUGACUUGAGCAUACAGGAGGAUAGCUGCGGCUCGGAGAGCGAGUCCGGUCGCUCGGAGGGUUCGGCCAGGGGCGGGCGAGGGAGAAGCGUGGACUCGGAGUGCGAGUACGACGCCCGUCGCCGGGUGCGAACCGCGUUCACAGCCCAACAGAUCCACAAACUGGAGAAGAAGUUCAAGCGGCAAACUUACCUGGGGGCGUCCGAGAGGAGCAAGCUGGCCGCCCUUCUCCACCUGUCCGAGACCCAGGUGAAGACGUGGUUUCAGAACCGGAGGAUGAAGUUGAAGCGCCAGUUGCAGGAUUUGUGCUCCGUGUCGUUCGCCGCUCCUGCGUUGUUGACCCAUUCGCUGCCGAUGAGGGAGCCGCUCUUCACUCCAUGCGCCGGGUUCCCCGGGUUCUACACGAACGACCGCUCCGUCCACCAAACCACCAACGGCCCCCACCGACCCCCACAGCCGGCUUACCCGCCGCCCAUCCACCGCUACAGCCCGACUGUGGAGCAGAGCUUCUCGCGGUACCAACCUUACCUUUACCCGCUGAUGCUGGAGCCAUCUCCAGUGGGAUUGCACGUCUAUUCCUGAGACCUGUCGCGGUUUCUACAAUCCAGAACAGACGGACUUGUUUUUGGGAAGCGGCGGCGUGCAAUGCAAUUAGCAAGAGAGCAAAAUGUGGUUGUAAUUUUUCUCUCAUGCUUUAUUUAAUGCCCUAUUUAAUGCUGUAUUUUUUUCAGUCUAUUUUGAUUAUAAA